AUGUGGAAAGCUUUGGUUCUAACGGACCGUAAUCGACGCGGAUGGCAAAUUGAACAGUCUUACGAGUUUGAUGUGUCUUGUCCAUUAAUUUUUGAAAUUGCGCGAGUCAAUUUAAUAAUAUUUCGAGAAGAGGCACGGUCAUCAGUCGCAGCGCGCUUCUUGAAUCCUAGCUUUGUGUUGCAUUGGGCGGCGAAUGGGACUCCACACGAAUAA